AUGACGAAUAUCGUGCCUAUAGUAAGCAAAUUGUAUUGCUAUUCUUCUGAGACAGUGCUUGUGGUUAGGAGGAGGCCAAAUGUGGUGAAUGGAGGAGGGUUUGUGGUGAGUGAGUGUGGUUCUCAGAGUCACAGGGUUGUCUUCAAGGUUGAUGGUUGCGGUGUUCUUGGCACAAAAGGUGAACUCUUUCUAAGAGAUUCCAAUGGUGAUGCUUUGCUUCUCAUGCGUAGAAAGGGAGGGAUGGUUGAGGCACUAAGCAUUUACAACAAAUGGAAAGGAUACAGCCUAGAAUAUGAGGGAUUACAAGACCUGGUUUUCAGCUUAAAAGAACCCAAUUCUUGUUUGGUUAAGAAGAAUGGAAUUAAAAUCUCCACGGAACCCAGGGUUGAUAGCAAAAAAGGCAGAGACUUUGAGAUCAGGGGCCAUUUCCCUGACAAGAAUUGUAGCAUUGUUGACACCAGGGGCAACAUAGUUGCACAGGUUGGGGUGAAUAAGGAAGUGGAGAAAUUGAUGGCAAGUAAGGACUUGUAUCAUGUGGUGGUGCAACCUGGGAUUGAUCAAGCUUUUGUUUUCAGUGUCAUUGCCAUCCUUGACUACAUUUAUGGCGAAUCUACUCGCUGUUAAACAGCUUCAAAUGCCGUAGAGUAUGAAAUGUAUUUGAAAGUUUUUUUUUAUCAGUCAAUUUAAAAAUAUGAUAUAUUUUAAUAUUAUUAAUUUAAUCAAAAUAUAGUAGUUUUCUCAUAGUCACUUGAGGAGGAGGAUUUAUUUUCUAAGCAGAUAUAAUAUUUAAAUUGUAAUCUCAAGCAUAUCCAUGUUGGUAUCAAUUUAAGAUGCCAUUGAAAAUCAAAUGCUUAUGCAUCAAGUAUUUCUCAGCAUCUAAUUAAAAAUAUGAACUUUGAGAAGAAAAUUGGGUUGCUGAGUUUUGCUGUUUUGAGGUUGAGAAAGUGAGAUGAAAAAUGAGAAGAAAAUUGGGGUACUAGGUGUUGCUA